AUGGGCUCGCCUCUAUCACCCAUAGUUGCGGACAUGGUAAUGGAGGACCUUGAGGUGCACUGUUUAAACUUGUUGGAUUUUAAUGUAAUUACUUUUUUAAGAUAUAUAGAUGACACGUUUGCAAUAUUACCCAAUGACAGAGUUCAGGAUGUGGUUGAUGCUUUUAACAGUUAUCAUCCCAGACUAAAAUUUACAUACGAAUUAGAAAAUGACAAUUCAAUUAACUUUUUAGAUACGACUGUCAUCAGAGACGAUAACAGGUUGAUAACAAAUUGGUAUCGGAAACCCACAUUUUCUGGACUUUACGUCAAUUAUUUCUCUGGUCACUCUGUUAAACACAAAAGUAACGUUGUUAAGGGUCUUGUUGACAGAGCACUUUUACUAUCUGACUCGCGUUACCAUGAGUCUAAUAUUGAGAUUGUACGAUCGAUUCUGAGCAAUAAUUGUUACCCGGUAAAGUUUGCCAACCGCAUUCUAAAGGAAAGAAUUAGAGAAAUCGAAUACAGAGAUGUCGUUACGACCAACGAGAAAAUUAAGAACAGUGAGCUCAACAGAUUUAUCAAACUUCCCUAUGUUAAGAACAUAAGCGAGACAUUGGUAGAUAGCUUUAAGAGGUACGGCUUCCGCGUGGUUUUUACAAUGCCGAAGAAGCUUGAUUGUAUCAUUGGGAGAAGGAAGGACAAACUUGAUGAUGAAAAAAAGAACUGUGUGGUUUAUAAGUUUGAUUGUGCGAAUUGCGAGUCUUGCUACAUUGGACAGACGAAACGUCAUUUGAAAACUCGUAUUGACGAGCAUAUGUCUAACAUUAGAAAAAACAGUGACAACCACUCCGUGGUUAGCAGACAUAGACUUAACGAUAAUCAUGAGUUCAAAUGGCGGGAUGUCUCGAUUUUACACCAGGAAAGUAAUGUUAAAAAUAGGGAAAUAGCCGAGAUGUUUCACAUUAAAAGACACAAUAAUGCCAUAAAUUCGAUGAGAGACACUGAGAAUUUACCUAGUAUCUACGAUAAUAUUUUGACAAACACCUGA